AUGAAGAAAUGGAAUCAAAUUUUCCCUAUUUUAUUCUUCUCAGCCCUCUUAAACCUUUAUUUCAAACCCAAAUUCAUUAUAUUUGUCAAUUCUUCCAGCAGAGAUAGGAAUAUUGGUCACAUUCAUUCUAAAAAGCCCUCAAAUUCUUUAUUUCUUCAAGAUUCUUCCAAUAACUCUUUAAAUGAUAAUAUUGUGAACUCCAAUCAUGUUCGUAUAAAUGACUUUAAUAACCCGUUAAGACAACCUAAUUCCUCAAUUUUCUCAAAUAAAGCAUUUAAUGACAAAUUAGGUGACGGUAAUGUUGGCUGCAACAUAACUGCAAAGGCGAUUUUCUUGUGCGGUGGAUUUGGCAAAAGACUUAAUUAUGACUUUGGGGAACUAGGUUCAGAUUAUUAUAUUCCAGAGGGUAUGCCUAGGGCAAAGCAGUUUAUUCACAUUUAUAACGUCCCUUUGUUUGUUUAUUCUUUAUCGGAAUUUAUUCAUAAUCCCAACAUAUCUGAGAUACUCAUAGUCACCAGGCCUCCCUGGUUCCGUAAAGUCCUUGAGAUGAUUUUGAAAUCCAAAGAAUUCAUCUCUAAAUACUCGGUAAUUGAACACAAUUUACAUGACGAACCUGAACAUACUGUGGAUAGUGUCCCAGAUGACACUGUUAAUUUGUCAGAAAAAUCCCUAAAAAGAGGGUUUAUUUUCGCAUACGACUUGAAAAACAACCAGUUUGUACUUGAUUUAAAGCUAAUUGAACCUAAUUAUGGUACUGAUGAUACAAAUUAUGACAGUCUACACAACAGAUAUAAGUUUAUUAAGUUUUGUGAAUCAGGGCCUGAACGUUUCAGCUCUGCUUAUAAUGGGUUGAGGAAUUUGGAAGAUUAUACGGCAGAUGAUGAGAUAGUGAUAAUUCAUGAUGGAGCAAGACCAUUAGCCAGACUUGUUGACCUAAAGGAGUUGAUAAGUUCUGCGAGUAAGUUCGGGGGAGCAGUCCCAGGCUACCAAAGUACGGACACUGUUAAAUUAGCUCAGAAUCACAAGGUUUUGAGGACUUUGGACAGGAACAAAACCUUCAUCAUACAAACUCCUCAAGCUUUCAAGUAUAAAGUAAUCAAAGAUGCUUACGACAAUGUUCUAGAAUCAGAUUCAUUCAAAUACGAACCACACCUGUUUAACCACUUCACAGACGAUGCAAGUUUUGUGGAAUCACAGUUAAGAAAUCACAUAGUCAUAAUAGAAGGAAAUAGGAACAACUUAAAACUCAAUUAUAAUUCGGAUCUGGAUCUAUUUAAGUUCUAUUUGCAUCACAUCUUUUUUUUAAAAGAUCUCAAAUAA